UAGAGGGAAAAAAAAUAUCCAACAUUAUUAUUAUAAGCUUGAAAUAAGUGAUCGCCAGUUUCAAAUAUGGCAGGUGGUGCUUUUGUUGAUCAAGGUCAAGUUAGCCAUUUUGAAGGCAAAGUCACAACCUUCGUGUUGAUCACAUGUUUCGUGGCAGCCAUGGGAGGUCUUCUCUUUGGUUACGAUCUUGGGAUUACAGGAGGAGUCACUUCCAUGGAUCCAUUUUUGAUCAAGUUUUUCCCAUCUGUGUACAGAAGAAUAAAGUCUGGAGUCCAUGAGAACACGUACUGCAAAUUUGAAGACGAAAUUCUUACGUUGUUCACCUCGUCCUUAUACCUCGCAGCAUUGGUUGCUUCUUUCUUUGCUUCGACCACUACAAGAAUCCUAGGUCGUAAACCUUCAAUGUUCCUAGGUGGAUUGUUUUUCCUUGUCGGUGCAUUAUUGAAUGGAUUUGCAGUAAACAUCGCAAUGCUCAUCGUCGGUCGUUUAUUGCUUGGUUUUGGCGUGGGGUAUUGUAACCAAUCUGUUCCUGUGUACUUGUCUGAAAUGGCUCCAGCACAAAUAAGAGGAGCACUUAACAUGGGAUUCCAAAUGAUGAUCACAAUUGGUAUUUUGGUCGCGAACCUUAUCAACUAUGGAACUGCUAAGUAUGAAAAUGGAUGGAGAAUUUCAUUGGGUAUUGGAGCAGUGCCUGCAUUUUUUCUGUGCAUUGGAUCUCUCUUCUUGGGUGACACACCAAACUCCAUGAUUGAACGAGGCAAAACUGAAAAAGCUAAGGAAAUGUUGAUUAAGAUUCGCGGAACUGAAAACGUUGAUGACGAGCUUCAAGAUCUCAUUAAUGCAAGUGAAGCAGCCAAGCAAGUGGAACACCCAUGGAAGAACAUUGCACAGUCUAAAUACAGACCCCAAGUCACUUUCUGCACUUUGAUUCCAUUCUUCCAACAACUUACAGGCAUCAAUGUCAUCAUGUUCUAUGCUCCAGUUCUUUUUAAGACCCUUGGCUUCGGUGCUGAAGCAUCUCUCAUGUCGGCAGUUAUUACAGGACUCGUUAAUGUCGUAGCCACACUGGUCUCUAUCGUCACUGUUGAUAAAUUUGGAAGGAGGAUUCUCUUCCUUGAAGGUGGAAUUCAGAUGCUUGUUUGCCAGAUUGCCGUGGGAGUGAUGAUAGCUUUGAAGUUUGGAGUGAGUGGACAAGGUUCGUUUAGCAAAGGUGAAGCAGACUUGCUAUUGUUCCUGAUAUGUGCAUACGUGGCAGCAUUCGCAUGGUCUUGGGGACCAUUGGGAUGGCUUGUGCCAAGUGAAGUGUGUCCUUUGGAGAUCAGAUCUGCUGGGCAAGCCAUUAAUGUUGCAGUGAAUAUGGUGUUCACAUUUCUCAUUGCUCAGAUAUUUUUGCUCAUGCUUUGCCACUUGAAGUUUGGUCUUUUCUUCUUCUUCGCUGCUUUUGUUGUCAUAAUGACCAUUUUCAUCACUUUCUUCCUUCCUGAGACCAAAGGUAUUCCUAUUGAAGAAAUGAACUCAGUGUGGAAGUCACACUGGUUCUGGUGCAAGUUCGUUCCUCAUGACGAUGCUCCAACAAAAAGUGUUGAUCAAAAGUCCACUCCUUGAAAGCUGAGAAAAUAUUAUUAAUGGUGAAAAUAUUUUCAGUUAUAUACGCGGGAAGUGAAAGGAUGAAAAGAAUAAAAAAAUUUCAUCAAAAUAACGUUGAGACAAGAGUCAGAGAUUGGAUAUGGCUUUAUUGUCUACGCACAUCAUUGUACACUCUUAUGCCAAUAUGAUUAACUUGCUUCUGUGUUGAGUUGUGCAAGGUCUAUGAGAAUUCUGUGUGUACUCUUUCAUAUAUUUGUACACAGAUAUCAUUUUGCAAUAAAAAGGCAACCAUGAGGCUCGUCAUGCCUGCAUGGAAGUUUACUAUUUUGCUGUAAA